AUGCCAGCCUUGCCUGGUCUGCUACUAAUUGCCUUCAUUGUUGUGCUUGUGAUUGUGCAGUACCUGAAAAUGCUACGAAUGGCUCGAAGGCUUCCUCCCGGACCGACACCUUUCCCAGUUAUUGGAACACUGUGGCAGAUGAGAUUUGACUUUUCUUACGAGACUCUCAUUACGCUGGCAAAGAGUCAUGGGAAUGUCUUCACCUUGUGGUUGGGACAGUUGCCGAUAAUUAUACUCAAUGGAUUUGAGGCAGUGAAGGAAGGCCUGACAGCCCAUCCCGAAGACAUGAAUGGACGGCCAACAAGUCCUUUUUUUGAAAAUCUCGGCAAGGGAAAAGGCAUCAUCUUUGCCAGUGGAAAUGUCUGGAAGCAGCAUCGGAGAAUUGGGGCGAUGGGUCUCAAGUUUCUGAGCCAAGGAAAAUCAGGCCUGGAGCGUCAGAUCCAAGAAGAGGCUUUGGAUUUGAUUGAGGUCUUUGACAGCACUCAAGGGCAGCCAAUGGAGCCUUCUUUUCCCAUCGUUCUUGCUGUCUCCAAUGUGAUCUGUGCUCUCCUGUUUGGCUAUCGGUUCUCCAAGGAGGAUGAAACUUUCCAUCGGCUAAUCAAAAGUACUGAAUUUAUACUUCAAAUUGGAGGAAGUGCCUGGCAGAUCAUCUAUGAAAUAUUCCCAUGGAUUAUGAACCACCUCCCAGGCCGUCACCAGAAAGCCUUUGCUUGUUAUGAUUUUUCAAUUUCUUUUGUAAUGAAGGAGAUCCGAAGUCGUGAGAAGAGUGGGACACUAGAUGUUCCACAGAAUUUCAUUGAUUUCUACUUGGCACAGAUGGCAAAAAGUAAAGAUGACCCCACAUCUACUCUGGAUGAAAACAAUCUGGCCUACAGUAUCUUCGAUUUUUUCAUCGCAGGAUCAGAGACCACAGCUACCACAUUGCAUUGGGCACUCCUCUACAUGGUGGCCUACCCGGAUAUCCAAGCUAAAGUCCAAAAAGAACUUGAUGAUACUCUGGGUUCUUCCUCCCGGCUGAUCUGCUGUAGUGAUCGGAGGAAUCUGCCCUACACCAAUGCUGUUAUUCAUGAGGUCCAGCGCUAUGCCAAUAUUAUUUUAAUUGGCGGCCCCAGACAAUCUGUGAAAGACACAACAGUCCUUGGUUUUCCUAUUCAAAAGGGGAUCACAGUUAUACCAAAUAUAUCCUCAGUCCUCCUGGAUCCUAAGGAGUGGGAAACCCCUGAAUGUUUCAAUCCUGGUCAUUUUUUGGAUGAAAAAGGAAACUUUAUCAACAGAAAAGCCUUCAUACCCUUCUCCAUAGGUCAGCGAGCCUGUUUGGGAGAAAACCUGGCCAGAAUGGAACUCUUUCUGCUCUUCGCCAACCUCCUGAGACGGUUUUACUUCCGGCUCCCAGAAGGAGUGACUGAAGUGAACACAAAAUACAUGAAAGGCAUGACGUUGCAACCACGUCCGCAGCUGCUCCAUGCUCUCCCUCGCUAG